CCUCCUCGAUCAAUCAGCAGCUCAUAAACUAUCCCAAUGGACGGCAAAGGGGAGGACAACACCGCGCAGACCAAGAGCGGUAAUGCACAAAGGUUUUGUCUCGGCCCAUCGUUUCCCUGCUUUCAGAAGAUAACACUUUACGAGACGCGAGCUCGUCUCUAUCUAAUCGGAUCGAACAACGACGAGACGUCACAUGGCGUCAUCAAAAUCGAUCGCACAGAGCGUCGAGAAUUAGUUCUCACAGAAGACAAGAUGGUCUACGACGCUCGGCAGCUGCGUGAAUUACUCGUCAUGAUUGACAGCACGAGCAAGACGAACAACAAACCGAGCGGCCUGCGGAAAUUGGCGACCGGAUGUGCAAUUUUCGGGUUUGUUCGAUUCCUUGAGGGAUAUUACAUCAUUCUGAUUACAAAUGCCAGGAAAGUUGCUCUCAUUGGCUGUCAUUCGGUGUACAAGGUCGAAGACACGGUCAUCAUUCCUAUUCCCAAUGACAGCGUGCGGGUGGUGAAUUCAGACGAGAGCAGAUAUCUAAAGAUUUUCCAAAACGUUGACACUUCGAGCAAUUUCUACUUCAGCUAUACAUAUGACCUAACCAACACUCUCCAGUACAACAUGCAGCUGCUGUCUCACAUAUCAAUCGCUCCCUAUUCACACCAUGAAAUCGCAGUUCGAAUGCUUGAGGCCAAUCGGCGUAACUACUGCUCCAAGUUUGUUUGGAACCACGUCCUUCUUCAACCAAUCAUUGACUUAGUGAAUCCAGACUGGGUCCUUCCUGUUAUUCAUGGCUACAUAGAACAAUCAAACGUGUCUGUUUACUGUUGUCCUGUUUAUGUCACAUUAAUUGCACGUCGAUCGUGUUGCUAUGCUGGCACCAGAUACCUUAAGAGAGGAGCAAAUGAUCAGGGCAAUGUUGCAAAUGAGGUCGAAACCGAGCACACAACCCACAUUGCCACCACACUGGUCACCGACCUUGGGCAAUUCACAUCAUAUGUUUCUAUGAGAGGAUCGGUACCAUGCCCAUGGUCUCAAGAAGCUUCUGCCACCGUCCCUAAACCAUCUAUUAAAAUGGAUAAAGCUGAUCCGUAUGCUUCGAUGGCGGCUCAGCAUUUCAAUGAGUUGUUUGCAAGAUACGGCACUCCAGUUGUUGUCCUGAACCUUGUCAAGGAAAGAGAGAAGCGUAAACGUGAACGGAUACUGAGUGAACAGCUACAAACAGCAGUCAAGUACCUAAACCAAUUCCUUCCACCCGAUCACUACAUUCAUUACGUCGCAUGGGACAUGGCCAAAUUCGCAAAAUCCCAUCAGUCAAACGUCAUCGAUAAACUAGAACAGAUAGCUGAACAGAUGAUUCACAAAACAGGAUAUUUCCACAACGGCCGUGGAUUCGCCGACAACGAAUUACACAGCAAUUCCCGUGUGAAUGUGGGCAGACAAGGCUACAGUGACUGCGUUCCUGGAAGAGAACAAACUGGAAUUGUUCGUGUGAAUUGUGUUGACUGUGUGGAUCGCACCAACACGGCGCAGUUCAUGAUCCAUAAACGAGCACUUGGGUAUCAGCUGUAUACACUCGGGAUCAUCAGCUCACCUCAUCUCCCGUUUGAUACAGAUUUAUUAAGGAUGUUUGAAGAAAUGUUUGAGAAUCAUGGAGACACGAUAGCUCAACAAUAUGGAGGAUCGCAUCUCGUUCACAGAAUUCGUACGUACCGCCAUAUUGCCACUCCCUGGGCACUACCAUCUCGUGAUAUGCUGCAGUCUGUCUCUCGUUAUUACAGCAAUGCAUUCACAGACAACGACAAACAAAUGGCAAUCAAUUUGUUUGUUGGAGCGUAUCAGCCACACAAGGAGAGACUACAUUUAUGGGAGUUAACUACAGACUACUACCUUCACCACCUAUUAGCAGCCGAUCGGCUUCAACCCGAAGACCUCCCAGGGUACACUAACUGGUGUCAUCCUGAGAUACUUGAUUGUUUGCCGCUCCCGCUGCCUCCUCCGCAGCUGCUGUGGAAAAAGGAUUACAAAGCUGAUGAUGAAAUGAAACAUGAAGCUAUGGAUUCAUUCACGGAGUAUUAUCAGCCACUUCGAUUGACGUUGUUUGAAGAGGACUACUGUUGUAAUAUGCCAAGAACGAGAGGUGUCUCAGACAGCAGCCCGUUUGUUGUGAAAGACCGUAAGCUUGUCAGACAGUCGGGCGAAGCCAGCCAAAAAGUUUUUGCCACUACACAACAUCGCAAGUCAACAGAAGACAUCACCGAUAGCGGCGAAGAUGGCAGUGACGACGAGCCGGCAGAGAAACUACGACGGGGUGCAUUAUCUAUGAAAAGUUCUGUAAACAUCACGAAGAGGAAAGAUAUCGAUCCAUUCAGUUGUAAAAAUUUCUACGGAUUACGGUUGAGGAGCCCGGAUAGUGUCGACGCUGAGCUCUACGAUAAGUAUUGCCUUAUCAACUACCUCGCGUGUCACGCCAAGGAAGAGUACGUUACCAAGGAGAACAUACAACAACAUGCCACCACCUUCGUUGUCAGUCAGUACUUCACUGGUGACUCAACACAGAACACCGUUCCGCCAGGAGUUUCAUUAGACUCUCUGUGUUUAUACGAGGACAACGUUCGACUUGUGCCCGAUGGACCGCAAGAGCCAUCCCGACAAGAUAAGUUGCUCUAUGAAAUGAUGGGCUGGUGAAUUCCCUUAGAAUAGUCUCCAGGUUACUCACCUGCAAAUAAUCUAUUGUCUAGAGAAUUGACACUUUUAUAUGAAGAGAUAGAAAUGCAUGCUAAUAGAUUUGUAUCUUUCGUUGUGUAGCUAUAGCAACAAAUGCUGUUUAGUGUUGAUACUUUCUAUAGUAGGAUCGUGGCAGUCAGUUAUAAUAAAAAAUUUACU